AAAGAUAUUACAGGAAUAGACUCAAUUUCAAGGAACACAGUGGAUGUUCGACAAAGGACAGAACAUAAGCAUGCUGUGAAAAGCAUCCAGAGUGAAGAUGGUGAUAUUAUGGACUGCAUUGACAUUCAUAAGCAACCGGCUUUUGAUCAUCCUGCUCUAAGAAAGCACAAAAUCCAGAUGGCUCCAAGCUCUGUAGAAACAAUGAAGAUGGGAAUUGUGUCCAGGAAAUUAACAAGGAAAGAAGACUCUAAGAUGAUUCAAACAUAUCAGUUAUGGAGAAAGAAUGGGAGCUGUCCCACUGGGACAAUUCCUAUUCGGAGAAUCCGUGAAACAAAAUUGCUCAAUUGUAAUUCAGCAGAGAAUUGUGGAAGAAAGGGACCCAGCUUUCCCGAUCAGUUGAAGAAACCCAAUGACAAUAAAACUUUCCACUUUCUCCAAGCAAACCAUGCGUUAGCGAUUCUACUGACUGUUGGAUAUAACUAUAAUGGAGCGAAGGCAGAAAUGAAAGUAUAUACUCCUCAUGUUGACCAUGAUGAUGAGUAUAGUGCUUCUAGAAUUGCUCUCAAAACCGGGCCUUCCUAUAGCUAUGAGAGUGUCGAGUCUGGAUGGGCGGUGAAUCCAAGCGUCUAUGGAGAUAGAGAGACUCGGUUGUACACAUAUUGGACUGUUGAUAGCUCUAACGCAACAGGUUGUUUUGAUCUCACUUGCCCUGGUUUUGUACAAACUAGCAAUGAGAUUGCUCUUGGUGGUGUAAUUCGAUCAAUCCCGGUACCUGGUGGGCUUCCAUGGAGCAUGACAAUACACAUUGUUAGGGAUCCAAUAACCAUGAAUUGGUGGCUGCAGUACCAAGAAAACAUCACUGUAGGUUACUGGCCUGCUGAAAUAUUUGACGCAUUAAGUGCAACUGCAGAAACUGUUCAAUGGGGAGGUGAAGUCUCUAGCUCCAGGCUUGGGCAUCCUGGUCAUACCAGCACUGAGAUGGGCAGUGGAGAAUUUCCUGAUCAUAUGUUUGAAACCUCGGGUUGGAUUAAGAAAAUACGCAUUCAGGAUAAUUCCAUGGUUCUAAAGAUUCCAGAAUGGCUUUUCACUUAUACAGAUGACUAUGAAUGCUACAAUGUCUACAUCCACCGAGAGUACUUUGUCGAACCUAAAUUCUACUUUGGUGGUCCUGGCAAGGGGUGGCAUACUUGGCGAAGUGGACACAAUAUCAAGGCGCUUAUUGGAGGCGAGGUUAGGAACAGGAUGAAGUAUAAUAAGAGACAUGUAGUAAGAACUAUCCAGGUUGGACAAAGAUGUGAAUCCGAGACGACUCCAUGCUCAAAUAUACUCCAUAAUUUCCAGAAUCUGAUUAAAAACCAUUAGCAGAUGAAAAAAGGGAUCUGCAGAUCGAAAAUCUGACACGUGUAAAUCCAG